CUUCUCUGGUCAACAUCUACAGCCCCGGAUGUAGGCUGGUGACUGUGGUUCGUCGUGUUUACUCCAUCCCCGCAAAUCGCAACCGCUCGCGCCGAUGUCUGAGACCCUCGAGUCCGAGGUGGCGGCGACCCAUGAUCCGGCCAGCAUGGCUCAGGAGCGGGAGUUCUACAAAUACUGUCAAUUGCCACAGCGUCCAGGACUGCUGCAUCGCCCACCCACCACCCCCUCGUCCGAAGAAGCCGAAGAUGAACUCCCCCAGUCGUCGCAGGAUACCACCCUGACCGCUCUUGCUCAACUCGGGGCCCUCCGAUUGAAUGCUCGUCGCUGCAUGAUCUCCCUCUUCGACCGCCACACCCAAUACAUCCUCGCCGAAGCCACCCGCACCCUGAGUCUGCAGGAUGACCGCGUGCACCAGGAUGGAGACGCGCUCUGGCUGGGAAGCAGCGCCAUCCCCAAGUGUGAUGGGGUCUGUCAUUACGUCUGCGAUUAUGACCAACUCAAUGCUGGCCAGGAAGCCCCCCGGGACGGCGGAGGCCAUUUUGCCCUGGUCAUUCCCGACAUGACCAAGGACGAUCGCACCCGACAACGCGGUUACGUCGUGAACGCUCCUUACCUUCGAUUCUACGCCGGCGUCCCCAUCCACAGUCGUCGCGGCAUUGUCAUCGGAGCGUUCGCCGUCAGCGAUGGAGAAACGCGAGCGGGUCUCGACGAGCUCGAGCUUCGCUUUUUGAAGGAUACCGCCGCCGCCAUCAUGAACCACUUGGAGAUGGUGCGCUCGCAGCAACAGAACCUGCGCGGGGCCAAUAUGAUCGCCGGACUGGGCCGUUUCCUGGAAGGUGGAUUGUCCCUGCCACUCGGGUUGCGCAGCAAGAGUGCCGACAACUGGGAGCUGUCCGACAAACAGAUGCAUCUGCGCUGGAACCCCGCCUCGCGCACCCCGGGGUACUCCUCCCCCCGCGAGUCCCGUGAUCAUCGGGAAUCGAAAGAGACUGGGACUCCCAAGGAAGCGUCCUCACCUUCAGCUUCGUCGCUGAAUGCAGGCUUGGAGAACACCCCUAACCGGGGAAAAGCACACGACGCAACCCGCGCCACCGAGAAUGCAACGAGCAAGAAAAGCCCCCUAAACAAAACCCUCUCCUCCGGCACACGGGAAAUUCUGAAUCGGGCGGCUUACGAUUUGCGCGAGUCCCUGGAUGUCGAGGGAGUGGUGUUCUUCGACGCCAGCGUGCGAUCGUAUGGCGGGCUGAUGCAGAGCGGGGAGGCUCGCCACUCCGAUUUGGAGAUCAGCACGACCUCCGGCUCCGGCGAGUCGGGGAGCGAUAGCGAACACUCCACGGUCGGACAUUCCUCGACUGAAACGGAUGAGUCGGCGCUUUGUGAGGUCCUGAGUCUCUCAACCACUCCGGAGGAAGCGACCAUCCCCAUUGGUUCUUUUGAUGAAAGCUACCUGCGCUCGCUCCUGCACCACCAUCCCCGGGGUGGAAUCUUCAAUAUCGACGAAAAUGGCUGGGUCUCAUCGAGCGAAGGCAGUGAUGGCGCCACCGGUAGCACACUCACUCGUGAAAUUGUCUACCGGCGCCGGGAGGCCACCCAUGGCGGCAAGAAUGGUCUGCGGAGCAAGAGGCAGAAGCUCACCUCUCGCGAAGAGUGUAAGGCCCUGCACAAGGUUUUUCCCCACGCGCGAAGUGUCAUUUUGUUCCCCGUCUGGGACUCGCGUCGCAACCGCUGGUUCUCUGGGGUCUUCGCCUGGACGACCUCCCCCCGGGCCUUCAGCUCGCGGGGGGAACUGGCCUACCUGUAUGCCUUUACGAACAGCAUCAUGGCCGAGAUCCAUCGCCUGGACAUCGAGCUCGCCAACAAGGCGAAUCGGACGCUGGUCAGCAGCAUCUCCCACGAAUUGCGGAGUCCUUUGCAUGGCAUUCUGGGCAGCACCGAGCUGCUGUCCGACUCGAGCAUGACGCCACCCCAAGUGGCUUUGGUGCAAACCAUCGAGAAUUGCGGUCGCUCGCUGCUCGACAUCAUCAACAACAUGCUGGAUUUCGCCAAAAUCAACCAGUUUACGCGCAAGUCCAGAACCGGGCGGUUGAAGGCGGGCCCGGCCCUGACUCGACGACAGGCGAAUUCCGGUCGAGCUUUGGCCAACAAGGGACCGAGUGAAGGCAUUGUCAACCUCAUCACCGACGUUCAACUCGACACCGUCCUCGAGGAGGUCAUGGAUACGGUCUUCGCGGGGCACUGCUUCGCUACCACUACCGGGUUCCUGGCCCAAGGGGGUCCCGUGCUCACCGACCAGGACAGGGAUGGAGACUAUCUGAUGAGCAACACGCCGCAGAGACCUCGUGCCAACGAGCCGCUCACGGUCAUCUAUGACGUGGAACCCGGCCUGGCGUGGCUGUUUGAGACCCAAGCCGGUGUCUGGAGACGGAUUCUGAUGAACAUCUUCGGAAAUGCUCUGAAAUAUACGCGGUCCGGUCACAUCGUGGUCUCGUUGAAGUCCCCCGCUUCGAACACCAAGGCCAAGCGGAUCCCGUUCACCGAUCCUUUCAAGCAUGAGCUGGCUGGCAUCGUCCUCAGCGUGAAGGACACGGGACAGGGCAUUGACAAGGAGUACCUCAAAAGCAACAUCUUCAAGCCAUUUUCUCAAGAGGAUCCCCUGUCUCCCGGAAGCGGACUGGGUCUCAGCAUCGUCUACCAGGCGGUGCAGACCAUGGGAGGAAAGAUCGAUAUCAAUUCCACUCGGGGAAUGGGGACAGAGGUAACGGUGAGUGUCGACCUGCUACGCAGUCCGAGUCCGGGGCCCAACAGCGACAAAGAGACGCGCACAAUCAACAAGGCGCAACAAUUCUCUCGGGGCAAGUCGAUCGGACUGCUUGGCUUCGGUGGGUCGGAGAAGGCGAAGGACGAGGGCCUCGCGCUCCUGCGGACCUCGCUCACCAGCAUCUGCCAGGACCAUCUGGGCAUGCAAGUCGGUCUGGUCCCAUGGGAUUCGGGUGAUGCACCGCUCUACGACGUCUAUCUGGUGCAGCACUCGGAUUUCGACCACGUCGAUAGCACUUGGGCCAGUAUUACGGGCAGGGCUUUGACCACCGGUCAGGAGCCCAAGGGCCGACCGCCCGUAGUCGUGGUGUGUCCCACCCCACAGGAGGCUCAAAAAAUGGCUGCCACAGGGUACCGUAGUCCGUCGUCUGCCAUCUACGAGUUCGUCAGCCAACCGUGCGGGCCGACCAAGAUGGCGACGGCGGUCAUGACCUGCAUCCAGCGGCGCGAGCAGCAGCAGACGCAGUCGGUGACGGCCAAAGUAGAUGCCACACUGGAGGAGAAACCCGGUACGCAGCCAACCAAGUUUACGGCGGCCUACCACGCCACAACCACAGACGUACAGACUAAGACCUCGUCAGGUAUGGACAUCGCGCUGACCACCUCCACAACCAUGGUUUCCACCACCACAUCCAGCAAGGGGGAUUCAGUGACCAAGAUACUAGCGAUCGAGACGACGAAACGAGCACCCUCAGUCCUCCUGGUGGAUGACAACGAGGUGAAUCUGAAGUUACUGGUGGCCUUCAUGAAGAAGGCGAAACUGUCGUAUUUUACGGCAACCAAUGGCUUGGAAGCCCUGGAGGUGUUCAAGGCCAACGCCGGACAGAUUCAGAUCAUUCUCAUGGAUAUCUCCAUGCCGGUCAUGGAUGGUCUCGAGUCGACGCGGCAGAUUCGUCUCUUCGAAGAGGCACAACAGGAACUCAGCCCUACCAGUGUGCCGGCGGCCAAACCCGCGGUGAUCAUCGCGCUGACCGGACUGGGCAGUGCAACGGUUCGCCACGAAGCCCUCACGCAUGGGGUGGAUAUUUUCCUGUCGAAACCGGUUCGGUUUCAGGAACUGAUCAAACACAUUGGUGAACUCGUCCAUUGACCUUAUCGACUAAUACCUUCUUUCUUCCCUUCUCACUGAAAAGUUCCUACAUACCCCUUUUUGUAUUGAUGUGAUGAUUUCUGGGUGAUGUAUAUAUACGUAUUUGACGAACACGAGGAUGGACGGGACAUUGGAGACUUCCUUUUCUGAUUACAAUAGAUACAUCUAUA